AUGAAAUGGUAUGAAAACACGGCACAAUACCUACAGAAACUGCCCGUCAAUAUGAGGGACGACUUGGGUGAACUUUUCCCUAUGUUUAUGGAUACGCUGAAAUCCCACAUUACAGAAUUGAAGAAACGUGACUGCGCAAUUCUUUUAGCCGUUCUCUCAGUAAUGUGUUGCUUUUUCCCUUCUCUCUCUCUCUCUCUCUCUCUCUCUCUCUCUAGUUUCUUUCUAUCUUUCUUUUUCUUUCUCUCAAUCUUUUUCGUUCUCUCAUUUUUUUCUUUUCGUUUUUUUUCUCUAUAUAUUUCUUCUUUCUUUCGUUCCUUUUCUUUCUCUCGUUCUUUGUCUCUCGCUUUCUCGUUUUUUUCUUUCUAUCGCUCUCUCGUUCUUUUGGUCACGUUCUUUUUGUCACGUUUUUAUCUCUCGUUCUUUCUCUCUCUCUCUCUCUUUCUCUUUCAAUUUCUCUCUUUCUUUUUCUAUUUUUCUUUUUCUUUCUAUUUUCUCUUUCAUUUUCUUUUCUAUUUUUUCUCGCUUUCUUUUCAAUUUUUUCUCUCCCUUUCUUUCUCCUAUUUCUACUUUUCCUUUCAUUCUCUUGGCCCAUCUCCCCCUUUCUUUCUCUUGGUUCUUCUAUCCCUUUCUUUCUUUUGGCUCUUCUCUACCUUUCUUUCUCUUGGUCCUUCUCUCUCUUUCUUUCUCUUGCCCUUCCACCCCUUUCUUUCUUUUAGCCAUUCUCUCCCUUUCUUUCUCUUGGCUCUUCUCUCCCUUUUUUCUCAUAGAAACUUCUACCCCUGUCUUUCUCUUGGCUUUUCUCUCUUUCUUUCUUUCUCUUGGCUUUUCUUUCCCUUCCUUUCUCUUAGCCCUUCUACCCCCUUUUUUUUUCUUUUGACUCUUCUCUUCCUGUCUUUCUCUUGGCCAUUCUCUCCCUUUCUUUCUCUUGGCUCUUCUCUCCAUUUCUUUCUCUUUGCUCUUCUCUACCUUUCUUUCUCUUAUCUCUUAUUUCCCUUUCUUUCUCUUAGCCAUUAUCUCCCUUUCUUUCUCUUGGCUCUUCUCUACCUUUCUUUCUCUUGGUUCUACUUUCCCUUUCUUUCAUUUGAAUCUUCUCCCCCUUUCCUUCUCUUAGCCCUUCUCUCUAGUUUAUUCCUUUCGUUCUUUUUCAUUUAA